UGUACAUGAAGAUUUAGCUGUCACUUGCGAAAACUGCAGACAUAGAAGUCUCCCCAUGGCACCUCAUCACAUCCGCAAAUACCAGGAGACUGACCACAAAAGAGUCCAGGACUUGUACUCUCAAGGAAUGGUCGAGCACAUCCCCGCCACUUUCCGCCACAUACUGAAGUUGCCACAAACAAUCCUGGUCUUACUUGGGGUGCCUAUCGCCCUACUCCUGGUCUCUGGCUCUUGGCUCCUGGCUCUUGUAUCUAAUGUCACCCUCCUUGUUUUCCUCUGGCUGCUGGCCAGAUAUCCUUGGAAGAAGUACGUGGUCAUAUGUUUGCAGACAGACCUUGCUGACAUCACCAAAUCCUACCUGAGUGCCCAUGGCUCCUGCUUCUGGGUGGCUGAGUCUUGGGGCCAGGUAGCAGGCAUAGUGGGUGCUCUGCCAGUGGAGAAUGCCCCCCCAGGGAGGAAGCAACUGCAGCUGUUUCACCUCUCUGUGGCCUUGGAGCACCGAGGUAAGGGGAUCGCAAAAGCCCUUGUCAGGACCCUCCUCCAGUUUGUCUUUCAGGGAUACAGUGAAGUUGAUCUUGAGGCUGCCAUGGUUCAAUAUUGUGCUGUGGGCCCUUACCAGAAUAUGCACUUCCAGAAAACAGGCCAGUCUUUCUUUGGCAAGGUUUAGAAGAUAGGAGCUAUAUUUAAAUUUCAUUUACUGUGAAGCAUAUAGAAAUUAACAACUCCCAAGGAGAAAGGGAGUAUA